AUAACUUUCAUUAAAUGAUACGAUACAGAGUUAAAUUGUUCUUUGGAUUAAUAUUGAAAUGUAUUUUUUGACGUUACAAGUUGUCGUGAUGCACUGUUAUUUGUGUUUAUAUUACACUACAGGAGAGUCAGUGAAGUCCUAUCCGCCUUUUGAAUUCCGAAGUGUGCCAAGCGAUAUCAGAGCCAAUACAUUAUCGUUUCCAAAUUCAAAUAUUUCACCGCAUUCGAAUCAUGUGACUCGGCAACAGAUAAUUCACACCAGCGCGAUGCAAUCACAGCCAGUGCCAAAUGUAGAAAAACCCCAAACGAAAAAUUCAGAUUUCUCUUUUAGCGACUUUUUCUAUGCAAUGAAUGGAUUACCGGAACAACAUAAUUUACAACCGAGGUAUGGAGCUUCUGUAAAUCAACAAAAUAUUUCUUCUUUUAACGAAUAUCCGAGACGAAAGCAUCAUUUUUGGAUUUCUAAACCGUUUCAAGAAUCAGCAUCGAUAUAUGUGCCGUCUACGACGAUUGAACCUCAGCCAACAAACAAGGCUUCAUCUAAAUUAAAUCUGAUGGAGUCGGUAACAACGAAGAUGUCAAGUAAAAUGAGCGGUCUAAUGGAAUUAGUGUUCGCUUUACUCGGGUCUGGUUCAAAUAAUUUAAUUAUGAAAGGAUUCAAAGACGUCGUUAUAAAUGGUAUUGUAAAACCUCUGAUUGUUGCGAAGGGUGGAAUUAAAACACUUAUUAGUAAAAUGUCAGUUCCGUUUAUAUCAUUAUUAUUGAUAAAUUUUGAAAUUUUAGUAACAGUUUGGUGGUUAUGGGAUGACUGUUCUGAACCGCAAUAUCUACAUACUGACUUACCACCUAACAGUUAUAAUGGGAAUUCAACGUUAAGAUGAUUGAUUAUUAUCAACUUCAUUUUCGCCCAGUUUUGUAAAUUAACAUUACUAAUGUUUUUUAUAAUUGAUGUUAACAGUGAUGUAGAUCUACAAAUAAUAAUAAUUACUUGUGAUAUAUGUAUUGAAAAUUAUUUAUAAGUACAAUUUUUUUCUUAGUGAUCUUAAAAUAUCUUUUGAGUCGCGUUGGAGCUGUACGUCAUGCAUCUUACGAGUACUUAAGUAUAAUAUAUUCAUAAAACAUAUUUAAUAAUCGUAAUGCCACUAUUAUGAAAAAAAACCUUGCUAUUUUUAUGUAUAUUACUAUUUGUUUGAUAUAAUUUUCCAUUCAUUUUAAUUAAUCUUGGCGUCAUCUCUGUAUUUUUCCACCUUAUCUUGGUAAGACUUUCAUUAAAUUAACAAAAAAAAAAAAAUGUAUCCAAGACGUUUGUUUUUUUUAUAUCGUUCUCCAUAUAAUAUUACUAUUUCCCUUCAAAGCGAAGGAAAUAAAGUGUGAACUGACGUAAGUUAUGUCUCAAUGAGAUAAAGCCAAAUUGAGCCAACUGAGGAAAAAUCCUUUAUUAGAGGAACGAGCAAAGAAAAUGGAUAAAACGAAAACGUAUAAGAUGUGCGAAAUUGAUAUGAAAUGUAUUU